AUGACGGUUCUCCUUCUGCUCCUGCUCUCCCCACUCCAAGGGAUGGGAGCCAGCGGCCACAAGGAAGAGGAUUUCCGCUUCUGUGGUGACCGAAACCAGACCCAGGACAGCUCUGUCAUCUACGAGCAUGGCCCUGCCACCAUCUCCAUUGAGAACACGGCCCAGGCACUGAUAAUAAAAAGGCCCUUUUUGCCAAGCCGGAGAAACUCUUACUACAAGUACAGCUUGCCCCCCACCUUGGGCAGGUACCGCUUCUGCAUCUACUGGUUCAAGGCCAACAGGACCCUGCGGCUGGUGUACGGGAAGCAGAGCAUCCUCCUGGGAGGGGAUCCAUCCAGCAGCAUCACCCGUGGACAGGAGAGUCAGAGGACUGAAAGAACCAGCACGUCCAUCUUCAAUGUGUCCUACAUCUCAAAGGGCGAGAAGAACACUUCCCUUGAUGCUGCAGCUGAAUACUUCUUCCCUGCCUCUUCAGAGACCAUGCCUGUCUGGGAGCAAGAUGUGGAGGAGCAGCUCGCUGCCUUGGAUGGCCUCAUUGCCCAGCCCCCAGCCCCAGCCAUGGGAGCCACGGAGCAGGAGACACUCCGGCGCAAACUCAGGGAGCUGGAGAAGACACUGGCCAAGGUGGAGCUUGAAGGGCAGAACCAGACCUUUGGGAAGGCCACUGUCCACGCAACUGUCCUGAGGGUCCAGCCCACUCGGGCUCCUCAGCACCUGGCCUUUGCUUCCCAGAGAGAGGAGGGUGGAGAGGUCCAUGGGUUCACGGUGGACCUGCCAGGCAGUCUGUUCAUGACAGUGAAGGAGAGAGAGGAGGUGGUGGAGCACAGGGUGCUCCUCAUGGACAUCGACAGCCAGACUAUGUUCCAGGAUGAAAAUAGCAGCCAUGUCCUGGGUGACAAGGUAGUCAGCAUCUCGAUGGUGGACACGGUGGUAGCCAACCUCUCUGAACCAAUGGUCCUCACUUUCUUCCAUGGCCAGCUGCCGAGGAACGUGACCCCACUGUGCGUCUUCUGGCAGGAGGACACCACUGGUGACUGGGACAGCUAUGGUUGUACAACAGUGACAGGGAGCAGCCAGACCGAGUGCAGGUGCAACCACCUCACCUACUUUGCCGUGCUGAUGAUAUCGUCCCCAGAGAUCUCCUAUGUACACAGGAAUUACCUGAGUCUCAUAAGCUACAUUGGCUGCCUGAUCUCAGCUUUGGCAUCCAUUUCCACCAUCUUCUUCCUCUACUUCAGAAGCAAACAGCGAGACCAGAUCACAAGCAUGCACAUCCACAUGAACCUGCUGAGUGCCAUCUUCCUCCUGGACUUCACCUUCCUCAUCUCUGAGCACUUGGCUUCCAGUGGCAGCGAGGCAGUCUGCAGAGCUGGGGGACUGUUUCUGCAUUUCUCUCUUCUGAGCUGCCUCACCUGGAUGGGCAUUGAGGGCUACAACCUCUACCGGCUUGUGAUCGAAGUCUUCAACGCCUACCACGACCACUUCCUCCUCAAGCUCUGCCUGGUGGGCUGGGGAUUCCCCUUCUUCUGCGUGACACUGAUCUUCCUGGCUAGCUGGACGAACUAUGGCCCCUUCUCCAUUCCCGUCUAUGAAUCCAUUGAUGGCAAAUACACCAACGCAACCAUAUGCUGGAUCACAAGCGCCCUGAUCCAUAAUAUCGUGAACUUGGGUUUCUUCAGCCUGGUGUUCCUCUUUAACUCAGUCAUGCUGGGGGCCAUGGUCCGGGAGAUCCUCCGGCAGAACAAGAAAGGCCACAAGCUCAAGCAUGUCCUGGCCCUCUUUGGGCUGAGCAUCCUGCUAGGCAUGCCAUGGGCACUGAUCUUCUUCUCCUUCACCUCUGGUGUCUUCUGCCUCGUAUCCCUCUACAUCUUCACCAUCAUCAACUCCCUCCAAGGUUUUCUCAUCUUCCUCUGGUACUGGACCAUGGUGCUGCAGGCAAGAAAGUCCCCUGACUCACAGAGCAGCUCCGACAGUGUCAAGCUGCAGCCCAACAGCAGCCAGGGCCAGGUCGGCUGA